CAGGUCUUUGCGGUUGGCUUCCUCCCCCUGCUUGGCACCAUGUCUGAGACCGCGCCGCCCGCGCCCGCCGCCUCCACUACCCCGGAGAAGCCCGCGUCGAGCAAGAAGGCCAAGCGGCCCGCCAAGGCCGCGGCCGCUGCCAAGAAGAAGCCCGCGGGUCCUUCUGUAUCCGAGCUGAUCAUGCAGGCCGUUUCCUCCUCCAAGGAGCGCAGCGGCGUGUCCCUAGCCGCCCUCAAGAAGGCGCUGACGGCCGCCGGCUACGACGUGGAGAAGAACAACAGCCGCAUCAAGCUGGGCCUUAAGAGCCUGGUGAGCAAGGGCACCCUGGUGCAGACCAAGGGCACCGGCGCCUCGGGCUCGUUCAAGCUUAACCGGAAGGCAGCCUCCGGGGAGGCCAAGACCAACCCCACGAAGGUGGUGAAAGCCAAGGUGGCGGGUGCCUCUAAGAAGGCUAAAAAAGUCACAGCCGCUGUUAGGAAAACCGUCAAGACCCCGAAAAAGGCGAAGAAGCCUGUCCCUAAGAAGCCUUCCAAGAGUCCCAAGAAGCCCAAGGUCGUGAAAUCUAGGAAAGUAGUGAAGAGCCCUGCCAAAGCCAAGGCUGUGAAGCCUAAGGCGGCCAAGACGAAGGUAACCAAGUCCAAGACUGCUGCCAAGCCCAAAAAGGCGGCGCCCAAGAAAUAAAGGUUCCAGCUGGAAGCUACUUCCAAGAAACCAACGGCUCUUUUAAGAGCCACCAACAUGUUCCGGGAAAGAGCUUUGGCACACGA